UCCUCAGCACCUGCGUGUUUUCAUCACACGCUAGGACGAGGAGCUCCCCUCCCCCUCGCCCGCACUUGGUUGCCGUGGAGACUGGAUGCGGGCUCCGGGAGCGGGGACGGCCUCGGUGGCCUCUCUGGCUCUGCUCUGGCUGCUGGGGCUUCCGUGGACCUGGAGCGCGGCGGCGGCGUUCGGCGUGUACGUGGGCGGCGGCGGCUGGCGCUUCCUGCGUAUCGUCUGCAAGACGGCGAGGCGGGACCUCUUCGGCCUCUCAGUUCUGAUUCGUGUGAGGCUGGAGCUGCGUCGACACCGGCGAGCAGGGGAUACGAUACCACGCAUCUUCCAGGCAGUGGCCAGGCGACAGCCGGAGCGCCUGGCGCUGGUGGACGCGAGCAGUGGUGUUUGCUGGACCUUUGCACAACUGGACACGUACUCCAAUGCGGUGGCCAACCUAUUCCACCAGUUGGGUUUUUCACCAGGCGAUGUGGUGGCUGUGUUCCUGGAGGGCCGGCCCGAGUUCGUGGGGUUGUGGCUGGGCCUGGCCAAGGCUGGUGUGGUGGCUGCGCUGCUCAAUAUCAACCUGAGGAGGGAGCCCCUAGCUUUCUGCCUGGGCACAUCAGCUGCCAAGGCCCUCAUUUAUGGUGGGGAGAUGGCAGCAGCGGUGGCAGAGGUGAGUGAGCAGCUGGGGAAGAGCCUUCUCAAGUUCUGCUCUGGAGACCUUGGACCUGAGAGUGUCCUGCCUGACACAAAGCUGCUGGACCCCAUGCUGGCUGAGGCACCCACCACACCCCUGGCACAAGCCCCAGGCAAGGGCAUGGAUGAUCGGCUGUUUUACAUCUAUACUUCAGGAACCACUGGGCUCCCCAAGGCGGCCAUUGUGGUGCACAGCCGGUACUACCGCAUCGCAGCCUUCGGCCACCACUCCUACAGCAUGAGACCCGCUGAUGUUCUCUACGACUGUCUGCCGCUCUACCACUCCGCAGGGAACAUCAUGGGUGUGGGACAGUGCGUCAUCUACGGGUUGACCGUGGUGCUGCGUAAGAAGUUCUCUGCCAGCCGCUUCUGGGAUGACUGUGUCAAGUACAACUGCACGGUAGUGCAGUACAUUGGGGAGAUCUGUCGCUACCUGCUGAAGCAACCAGUUCGCGAUGUUGAGCGGAGGCACCGUGUGCGCCUGGCCGUGGGUAAUGGGCUGCGGCCGGCCAUCUGGGAGGAGUUCACGCAGCGCUUCGGUGUGCGGCAGAUCGGCGAGUUUUACGGCGCCACCGAGUGCAACUGCAGCAUCGCCAACAUGGACGGCAAGGUCGGCUCCUGCGGCUUCAACAGCCGCAUCCUCACACACGUGUACCCCAUCCGUUUGGUCAAGGUGAAUGAGGACACGAUGGAGCCUUUGCGGGAUGCCCAGGGCCUUUGCAUCCCGUGCCAGCCUGGAGAACCCGGCCUUCUUGUGGGCCAGAUCAACCAGCAAGAUCCUCUGAGGCGCUUCGAUGGCUAUGUUAGCGACAGUGCCACCAGCAAGAAGAUCGCCCACAGCGUGUUCCGCAAGGGCGACAGUGCCUACCUCUCAGGUGAUGUGCUGGUGAUGGACGAGCUGGGCUACAUGUAUUUCCGCGAUCGCAGCGGGGAUACUUUCCGUUGGCGCGGAGAGAACGUGUCCACCACGGAGGUGGAAGCUGUGCUCAGCCGCCUGCUGGGCCAGACUGAUGUGGCCGUGUAUGGGGUGGCCGUGCCAGGAGUGGAGGGCAAAGCCGGCAUGGCGGCCAUUGCAGAUCCCGACAGCCAGCUGGACCCUAACUCCAUGUACCAGGAUUUGCAGAAGGUUCUGGCAUCCUAUGCCCGGCCCAUCUUCCUGCGUCUUCUGCCUCAAGUGGAUACCACAGGCACCUUCAAGAUCCAAAAGACCCGGCUGCAGCGUGAAGGCUUUGACCCUCGCCAGACUUCAGAUCGGCUUUUCUUCCUGGACAUGAAGCAGGGCCAAUACCUGCCCCUGGAUGAGGGAGUCCAUGCUCGCAUCUGUGCUGGAGACUUCUCACUCUGAUGUACUUGGCGAGUGGGAUGGGCCUGGACUCCACAGAGCCCCAGGCACCUGACACCCCUCAGGGGCCUCUUCUGCCUAGCUACCUGGCCAGCAGCACCAGUGGGUGUGAGAAACUGGGAGUACCUGAGCAAUCAGAUGUCUCUCCUACAUCCCACUAUGCAUCCAUCCAGCCUCUGCCUUUUUCUUUUUCUCCAUCUUUCUCCUCAUCUACCAGGAGCCCCACAAACUCAUCUUGGCUGCUGUGUCUUGCUUUGAGACCUGUGUCAGGCUGUGGCAUCCACCUCCCUCGAUGUUGUGCCUUAUGAACCCAUCCUCAGCUCCCCUGUGGAGUAGGUGAUCCACCCAGCUGCCCUCCCUAGUGAGGGUCUGUAGCACACUCUCAAUGUUAGCUGGGCAACAUCAGCAGUCCCCUACUGGCCCCCAGUCAACUGGAAAUUUUAUUUUUUUUUGUUUUAAGACAGUAUCUCACUGUGGAGACCAAGCUGGCCUCAAACCUUCCAUCUUACCGCCUCUGCCUGUGCUAGCAAGGACACCACCCUGCAGUUCCAGAGGGAUGACACUUAAUACACUAUUGUCCCUAGUCCCCCACUUUCCCCUCAUGUCCAGGAAGCUUCCAGUACUGAUUCUGACCAUUUGUAUGUGGCUAGUUAAUGGCCCUACCCACAGCUGUCUGUUCAGGGUUCUUCAGGCAUCUUCUCUUGGGGCCCUGACCCUAGCAAAGCUUGGGUGUCUGGAAGGUUGCUGUGGUGUUCCUGUGGGUGCCUCCAGUGACAGCUCUGGAUGUGCUUUCCUAUUGUGUUAAGAGUCCAGACCCUGGACUCUUGUAACAUGACACACCAGGUCUAUCCUUCUGGCUUCCCUAGGUCAUUGAUGACUCAGCUCAGUCACCAAGCCCAGCCUCUGCCCUCCUGCAUCUUCAAGGGCUGAGACCCAUGAAGUUUGUGGACAGCAGAGCAUCCAUAGGCUGCCCCGCAGUCCACACACACAAAUGUCAUUUCCUUGUUGGUUUUCAGAAAUAAAUGUGCUGAGCCUUGACACCUGCCAGA